AUGACCUAUGGAUCAAAAACAUGGACUACGACCAAGAUACAGGAGAGGAAACUAGCAAGUGCCCAGAGAAGAAUGGAAAGAUUGGUGCUGGGAAUUAGCUUAAGAGAUAAGAGGAGGGCAACGUGGAUCAGGAAACAGACCAAAGUGGAAACCAUAGUUAGGAUCAUUAAGAAAAAGGAAUGGCCAUGGGCAGGCCUCAUAAGGCGGAGACAAGACGAAUGCUGGACAAAGAAAGUAAUUGACCGGGAUAUAAUUAACACAAGGAGACCAGACAUUAGAUCUGAGUGGCGUGACGAACUAGCAGAAUUAAGAGGGAACAGAACUGGAAACAGAGAGUGCAAGAUCGGAAUGAAAAAAACAACAACAUUGGGAUAG